AUGGAGCAUGAAGAAACUUUUUUGGACGAACAAUCAGCCAAUGCUUUAGCGUAUGAUCCUGAUGUACCAACUAAGUUUUCGUCAGAUGCAUCAAGUUCGGAUGAUUCACAAUAUCAUCCUAGCGGUAAAGGAGAUAAAUCAGCCAAACUUACCGAUAGAUAUAUGAAAGAGCUUGAAAGUGACAUUGACAUAAGUGACUCCGCAGGAAAAAUCGAAUUUCCCGAAAAUACAAGCAAUAAAGACGAUUCUAAUGAAAACGUAGAAUCAGGUCAAGAGAGCAACGAAUCAGAUCAAGAUAGUGGUCAAAGCGAUCUAAAUAUUUACGCAGACAAACUUUUUAAUUACGAAAUUUAUAAAAAAGGAGAUUUUCCGAUCGAAAAGGUCAUUGCCAUGAAGCAAAAAGGAGAUGAAAAAAUAGAGUAUGUCGUUAAACUAUUUUCGCAAUCCGAAAUUAAUGCAAAGUUAAUUUCUCAAGAUAUUAUUGAAGAAACUUCAGGUGGAAAAUCAGCAUAUGAGCUUUGGAUGCAAAAUGCACGUAAAUAUCAGCUUACACCUCUAUUCGAUGGUUCAGAUUAUUACAUUUUAGAUUUAGAUCCAGUUCAUAAAGUAGAAAACGUCGAAAAAGCCAUAUACUACGAUGUACAAACCCAGUUAUACAUAAUAAAAUGGAAAAAUUUAGAAUAUCAAUAUUGCAGCUGGUCUCCCAUUAUUUCUGAGGAAGCAAAGCAAAAUUUCAUCAACAAACUAUCACGUGUUGAUAAGAGUUCGUUUCCAAAUAUGUCAGCCUUCGUAAAUUCAAAUUCUAUUUUAGAUUAUACGCAUUUACUCAAUGAUCCACAAUUUUUACAGACGCAAUUAUCAUUAAUGAACAGAUUAAAGAAAAAUUAUUCGACAAGUACUAGUUUUAUCGUUCAAAAAUCCGAAACUGAUCAUUAUCACGAUGCAGUUUCAUUAUUUUUGAAUGAAAUGGAUCAGAAAAUAUCUGUUAAAGGUCCAUUUCUCGUUGUUUGUAAUUCUGAAUCUAUAAAUCAAUGGAAAUCUAGUUUAGAAAAAUUAACGAAAUUAGAAACAGUUGUAAUGGAUGAUGCACCUGCCAAUUGCGAAGUCAUCAUUAAAUACGAACUUACAGAUCCAGAAGAAAGACCAGAUUCUUCAAAAAUUCAAAUAUUAAUUAUUACAACGAAUUCUUUAGUUGAAUACACUUCAACGAUCAGACAGAUUAAUUGGAAGGUUAUUAUUGUUAAUGAUGAUGAAAUUUUCAAGGAUUCUUACAGCGAAUCUUAUAACUCUUUGUUUUCAGUCAGAUCAAGCUUUUCUGCCGUUUUAACCAAUUACGAUGUAAAGACCCUUGAUAAAGAAAAGAAAUACAACAUCCUUCAUUACUGUCAACCAACGAAAUUUGAAAAUGAAAAUUCAAUUGACGAUAAUCUCAUUUCAGAAUAUAUUUUAAACAACCAAUCAGCUCCUCCUCCAGAUCCCGAGCCAAAACAGAAAGAAUCAGAACAAGAAAAAAUAAUUGAAGAAGAAAUUCCGAAAAAAGAUGAAAAUAAUUCAGAUAAUGAGAAUCCAGAGGACGAAAAAUACAAUUCUCUGUUCAUCUCAUACGAAGAUCCUCAUAAAGAUGAUAUUUGGACACCCGAAACUCGAGAUAUUUUAUUAAAUCAGUUAAUGAUUUAUGGAUGGGGCCGAUGGCGCGAAAUACGUAAAUCACUGCCACCACAGUUCACUUUAACUAUGGUUAACGAUGGUUGUUCCGUAAUUUUAUAUAUUAUUUUAGAUUAUAUCGAAGACAAAGCGAAACUGAUCAACUCUACAGUAUCGUCUGAACUAAUUAUAACCAGAAGACAACAGUGGUACUUAGAUGGUCCAGUUUUCGGAAAUGAUAGAUUUAAAUCUCGAAUAAAACGAGAAGCAAACACAUUUGCCAAGCGAUUAAUAUGUCUAUCAGCACUUACGCAGUCUUCUAUUGCUAACACACUCAACAUAAAAGUUGAAGAAAAGCUUCCUUUCGAAACUUGGAGUCCAAAAAGUGACGCAAGUUUACUUCACCUUGUUUACACGCAUGGCUGGGGAAAUUGGCGCGAUAUUCUUAGAGACAAAACGUGGAAGGAGCAGUCACUGAGUGAACUCGAUCCGAAACUCGUUAAAAGUCGCUUUGAAGCUGUGAUUGAUUCGAUUUCAGGUUACGGAACGAAAAUAAAGAUUUCUGAACCGAUAAACAACGUUUUCGAGGACUUCAUCACUUCCUGCAGGAUCAUCUCCAUAGCUAAUCCAUCUAUUUCGCAUGAAGAUUUGAAGAGAUGGCUCUGCAGAGUAAAAAAUCAGGGAGAUAAAAUUAUAUCGUACAUAAAACGUGACAUGGCAUAUGACAUCAAAUCCAAUUAUGACUUUUUGAAGCGUAUACAGACAUUCUAUCAGAAAGUUGGUGGAAUGUUCGAUACAGAGAAGGAUUUGAUUGAAAGAUUAUGUCAUUACAGAAGAUUGACAAAUUAUUCUCAAAAUGUCGACGGUUUGAGGCCGAUUUUGAGUGAACAAGAGUUGGGAAAUAUACAAGAGAUACAGAAGAUAAUACAGAACAACAGUAUCCCUAAUUUGGUCGCUUCUGACAUGGCGUUCUUCGCUUGCAUGAAAAGUGUCAGAAAUCGUGCAGAAAAAGCAGUUAAAUCUCAUGGAGGAUGGAGAGGAGUUCCUGAUUAUGUUGACGUUCAAGAAGGUACUGCAAAGAAAGAGAUUGAUUUGCCGUAUCCGUACAUAUGUGGCGAAUACAACUGUUCGAUAGAAAGCCUCGGAGAAGGCGCGUGGUUUAUGAUUGGAAGUUAUUUAGUCAGAGAAGGAAUGUCAGUUUUUAUAGCGAAUAGAACUGAUAAAUUCCAGAUUGUUGUUGAAAGUCCUUCAUCGUUUACUGUUACUAAUAUAAAGGAAGGAACAGAAACAACAAUUAAUAACUUGAUUGAUGUUUAUAAGUGCGGAAUUAAUGAAACAGGAAGAAGUGUUGAAUCUUUAAUUGGUCUCGAUUGCAAUGAAGUUGUAACUUACUUCGAUAGCAUAUGUACAUCUGAAGUAAGAGAAAAAAUUGGUUUGAGGGAAUAUAUUUCACCAAUUUUUAUGAUAAUUCCAAGAUUAUGA